UCGAAGAGCUGGAAAAGUUGCAACUAUAAAUCUCAGACUGAACAAACAUCAAACAGUAUAUUAAGUAACCAAUAUUGGAAAUCAAGGUGCGAUUAGAGAGUGAUCAGUUUAUUGCCGUCAAGUGUCCAGUAGUUCCAGCAUCUACAUUCCAAAAUGGCAGGACAAAGCAAGCUGAUCGAUCCACUGUGCAUCACUUGCAAGGAGUUCCAGCACCCAUGGACGGACCACUGCGUGAGCGCCACCGCCGGUAUACUACUCUCGGCCACGCCCUACUGCCUGCGGGUCUACACAAUAGUGUACGCCCUGUCCUUGCUGAUGCGCCACCGCAUUCCCAGUCGCGAGGAUCUGCGUAAGACGCUGCUGGGGAUCAUCCAAUCGACGGCUUUCCUAGUGACCAAUGCCUACACCUUUAUCCUGUACAACUGUGCACUGCGGCACAUGCUCGGAAGAUACCACUUCUCCACAGUGGCCUUUGUGCCCUGCUUUUUCGCCUCGUUUUCGGCCAUUUUGGUGGAGAGACCAGCCCGCCGACCACUACUCACUCUCUACGUUGCCAAUGUGGCCACUGAGGCUCUGUGGAAAAUGGCAGAAUCGAGGGGAUGGGUGCACUCCGUUCCUAAUGGACAGACACUCAUCUUUGGCGUGAGCAUGGCGGCGCUUCUCUAUAUCUAUCGUACUGGCACUACCAAGGAUUCCAUCUUCAACAUCCUUCGCAUCUUCGUGGGCAAGGAGGAAGCAGGACCGAUUGCCAAGUCCGGGCCCGCAGUGCCCGGUGAGCAGCCUGCGCCAGACCGCCGACGUCCCGCCGUCAGUUUUUCGACUGUAUCCGACUGGGUGCGCGUGUACAGCAAUCUCAUUCGCGCAAAACACGAAAGCUGUCGGCAUCAACAAAGCUGCAUUGGAUACUCCCUGAUGGGUGGAAUUAAACCCUUUGUGGGCGGAGUGGGUCUUCAGGUUGCCCUGAAGCUGGUCAUGAACGUCAAACGAAUCACGGCUGGAAAAAUGCCGUGGAAGAAGUUGGUCUUCAACCGUGGUACUCUUCAACUGGGCAUCUUCAUGGGCAGCUUUUCAUUUCUCUAUAAGUCGGUGUCCUGCCUGCUGCGGCACAGUUUUAACCGGGACGAUGCCAGAUUUGCAAUUCCAGCGUCGUUAAUUGCCUCUGUGGCCUUCACCCAGUAUCCGGAUAACACGGUAGCCUUGUAUGUCAUGUGGAAGGCGCUACAGAUUCUUUGCACAAAGGGACAAGAGCUUGGUAUUGUGCCACACAUCCCCAACUUUAUGCUUUUCUUGUACUCCUUUUUCACGGCUGUGCUUUUCCAUGCGGGAAUCCUGGAACCCAAGAGCCUGCGCCCCAGCUACUACAAGUUUCUGCAGGCCAUUUCGGGCGAUCGACUGAGCAAGUUUAAUCUGAGCGCCUUUGAUGUAUUUGGGCUGAGCAGUCAGCAACAGGCGCUGGACACCAUCAAGGCACUAAACAUAGUAGAAAAGUCAUCGUUGCCCGCCUACUCCUUUGCCUCCUGAGCCAGCAGUAGUCAAUUUUGAUUUAGUCAGUCGCCUCCAACAGAGGACCCUAUAUAUCUCCUAAUAUCCGCGUUCAACUGCGAGCUGUAUAUACAUACAUACGUCAAGAGUCUCCCGCGCUCAAAGAGCGCACAACGAUUAUUAAAAUAAGCUAGUUUGGGUGAAUUGUAAAAUUUGUUGACCUUUUUUAUUU